AUGUCUGACCCUCGAUACCGUUACCCGCCGUCGGGUCGCCGGUCUCCCACCUUCAAUCCUGCUCGGGCCUCUCUUCCCGUGAGCCUUGGCUACAACUCGACCUACUCUGGCGACCUCCAUACCAUCCAGACUGCUCGCUACGACAACAUCAUUCCUCGAUAUCCCGCAGACCCGCGCUCUCCCAUGCCGACCACCAUCACCACCUACAAUGUCACCAAAGACCCCAUCACACGCAGCUCAAGCCACAACGAGCAUCGUCAUGGCCGACACCGCUCCUCGACCCUCGAGUCGCGGCCGUCCAAGCCCAUCAUCGUCACAACCAACCACCCACGGCCCUCCGGAUCCUCCCACCAUUCUUCGUCCUCCCACCAGUCCUCAAGCAACCGAACUGCAAGUCCCUCCCGUGACCACUAUCGUGCCAACGAAGAGGCUUACUAUACCCAGCCUGCCUCCUCCCAUCGGUCCCGCAGCGCCCAACGUCAUGGCCACAGCCACAGCCACAGCCAGAGUGCCACGUUCGACAAUGACGAAUUCUAUCGCUUGCGUGAGCGAGUCGGAGACGAUAGACUUCGAGCUCCCUUCCGAGCUAGUACCCUGGACCCAUACCGACCCGGCCAUCACCAGGUUCCCUACUCGACUACCCGACACAACACCACCUCGGCGAUCGGCUACGAAGACGACGGUUACGAGUAUACAAAACCAAGUGAUCUAGCUCGGUACGAUCUGGACCACGACCACUCCCGCAGGGCAUCUCGAGAUAGCUUUGAUCGCUCGUACCACCGGCCAUCAGUCAAUGUUGUCAGCAACGAGCCAGCGCGACCCGAAGGCCGUGGCCGGAAGCCACCUCCUACAUCUGCUGGGUUGGACCGCUACAACCGGGCCGCUGCCUCGGGAAUGUACGAUCGCCCAAGUGUAGCCAUGCCGAGCCUGCCUGGUGGAAGCACUGCGCCUUUAGUCGACUCAACCCGCCGUCUUGAAGGACCCGGAAACUCGUCUCUAGAGCGCGCGGCUUCCAAGACCCGUCCUGUGUCGCUAUACCAGGACCCCUCACCUCGGAUGAGCUACCCAGACGACAACGUUCGUGCUCGAGACGACGAGCGUCUGCACAGAGAGCGACGAGAGCGAGACCGCGAUGAUGUAUAUCGGGAUGAGAAUAUUGCUACUCGAGGUUUCGGGAUCCGCACCGACACUUUUGACGACGCCGAGCGCCGUGGACGCCGGGACCACGAUGACCGGGAGUACAAGAGGGCUUCCGACGAGACUUUGGAUCGAGCCCGGAGCAGGAGCCACAUUGCAAUCCCUGACACGCGACCGAGGACUCGUGUAGAUCAAAGCGUCGAACGCAAGGACAGCGUCGAUAGCAAGGACAGCAGCCGCAGCGAACGUGUCCGCGACAAGGUCGCGUCCGGACUCAGUGUGGCAGCUGCGGCGAUGGGGCUUGGUGCCUUGAAAGACAAGGGUAAAGAUGAAGACAAGGACGCCAAGACGUCACCAAGACGCCGCCGCUCUUCGUCGGUCGAUCAGACCACGUCCAGAGCUGCCGAGAGGUAUCGGCCCCGUGACGCAGCAGACGCGAAAGGAGCGCGGGACGACCCCAUCAUCGUGGAGCAGCAGCAGAGACGAGCACGCGAAUCAGCCGAGCAGACAGCCACUCGGCGAGAGUCACCCGAUCAGCUGAAGCCAGCCUCAAAAAUCGAGCCUGUCGUGGGAGAGCAACGGCGAAGCCGCGAGGAUGUGGACGACAGAACUGGCAGAGACGACCACAUCAUCACCGAGACACGGCGUGAGGCACCGAAGGAACGUGCAGAACAGCGACCACGUGCUCAGUCUAUUACUCGUGAUCGUGAUCAAGACCGCGAGCGCCAAGACAAAGAGCGUGAUAGAGAGCGGGAGAAAGAGCGUGACAGAGAGCGGGAAAAGGAGCGGGAGAAAGAGAGGGAGCGACGUGCGACCGAUAAUGACCGUGACCGCCACCGGCGAGAGACCGAAGAUGCCCUCAAUGGAAGCACUGGUAACACCAGGCGUGAGUCACCGCCAUCUGAUGGAGCUUCUGACGUUACCCGUCGACGAACGCAUCGUGCCUCGGCCGCUGCUUUCAACCCGCUGGACACACAAGGGCUCAUGGACCUCAAAGCAGAGCUCGCUGCGAAGGAGAGCGCUGACAAGCAGAAAGACCGAAGCUCCGACCGGGGUCGAGCUGCUGACCCUGCACCUUCCUUGACUUCGGAGGAGAAGCGCAGCUCUAAGGAGCAGGACGUGGUGGCACCUGUACACCCGCGGGACGAGUCGCGUUCUCCAAGAGGCCACGAAGAGCCACGGGGCCGCACCCCUGCGCCAGUGCCCAGUCCAGACGACAAAGAGAAGCAGGUCCGUGUAGUGUCGCCACCUCGGGACAAGUCUGCGCACAAGCCUAUCAAGGGUAUCCUCAAGCAGCCCACAAGAGUGUUCCCAGAGGAGGACAACCCGAUCCGAGAGGGUGUCGCCCCCCACAAAGACGACAAGACCAAGAAGGAUGUGCCGUCGGGUGCCAGGUGGACCAAGAUUAAUCGCCGAAUGGUCAAUCCAGAGGCACUGACCAUCGGCAAGGAGCGGUUCGAGGUGCGGGACGAUUUCGUGAUUGUCCUCCGUGUUCUGAGCAAGGAGGAGAUCCAGGCUUAUGCUACUGCUACGGCACAGCUCAGAGAGAUGAGACGAAAGCAGGCGGAUCGGGAUGGCGAUCGCACUCGGGAACACGAUGAUGACCGCGACCGCAGCGAUGAGGACAGACGCCGGCGCAAGGAUCAUUCACGGCGUGAUCGUGACGACGACGACGACUACCGGAGAGGGGGGCGGGACAGGGACGACCGCGAGCGCCGCCACCGCCACCGCGGUGAUUCGGACGAAGAAGAGCAUCGGCCCAAGAUGAUUGGGUAUGACGAGGAGCAUGACCACGGGCACAGCCGGCACCGGAGUCACCGAAACGACGACGACGCCUCAAACACUGGGGGUGGCAGCGAAAGGCGAUGA